AUGCGUCUUUCUUCCUUUUGGCUAGUUGCUAGCCUUUCCAGCUCUGUUUUGGCUCUUCCUGAGGCUUCCCUAGAGCCUUGGGACAUACAUAGCAGCUGCGAUCCUCACAAGGAUAUCAUCAAGGCUGCUUUAACCCAAUCGAUCGAGCUAGCAGACGCAGCCAAGUCCUCUCUCGAGAUCGUUCUCAACAAAUUGCCCGACUUUGAUACCGAUAAGGACAGCCACAUCCGAUGGCAGCGAAUCGCUACCCAUAUUCAAAUGGCCUUUGGUUACAAGAUUCCUUCAAGCCCCGGUCCCGCUGAUCGCCGAUAUACCGAAGCUCUUCGAGAUAUCUAUGCCAACGCAGUAAGGGUUCUUCCGAGUGACAAGAACAGCCCUGAACACGGCAACAACCCGACCCUGGCCGCACGCCCGGGUGCAAAGCCCGUGAUCGCCUGUGGCGAUGAUGUUUUCCAGUGGUAUGGACCCGAAGAUGAGCCUGAGCCAGGAGUGGGCAAGGUCAAGGAUCAGCCCCAAUUCCAAGACAGGGUACGACAGAACAACCCAUAUCUAGGUGCCUUGUACUUCCAAGGCCGGUGGAAGUUCAGCCGCACGCAGAUGAACUCGUUAGGGGUUUGUUUUGGAAACCGACAGGCCGUUAUAUCCGCGCAUGAUGACUUAAUCAUCAUCUGUAGUGGCAUGACUGCUGACAGUAUGAAAAACCGUCAGUCUCCCAAGGAUUUCAAGGCUUCGGUAACUUCCGGCACAAAACUUCAAAGCGGUCUCGUGUCGUUUCACACUCAACUUUGGCAUGAGCUUUGCCAUUGGUUUGGUGGUGUCGUCAGUUCUACUCAGCUCGAGCAUAACAUCAAGGAUCACCCUGCCGUCAACAAAGAUGGCCAAGUCUUGUACAAGGGAGCUAGCGGAAUUCGGGCCUACGAUGCUAUUCCCGACCCAGGCUACCUUGCAUCGAGAGGCUUAAGGAAGCAAGGUGCCUAUGGUAUCGAGAAUAUGAUGGAGCUAGCAAUGAAGCACAGGAAAGUCUCUAACCAAUCUGGUCCUGACAAAGCUACCACCAACGCUGAUUCACUGAUGAUCUUUUCAUUGAUGAUGUACAACGAUCAGUGGGACUGGACGGUAUAUGGCAAAGCUCGCGAUUUGGCACGACUUACGCAGAAGCUUGAGGAGGCCAACAGGAAGAGAAAGGGGCAGAACCCGUAA